CAUUUUCGGUUCAUGUCAUUGCCGGCUGAGUGAGUAAAUAAUCAAAUAGUUAAGUAAGAUAUGGAAGAUAAGUUCAACUACUCGGAACAAAAACAUUCUGUACACGUAACGAGGCAUGGGUAUACGAACACAAACGAACAGGAACACACAACAGACACAGCUGAAUCGGAAGUCUUUUACUCGCCACACCAACGAGUGCCUGCAGCGUCCGACGUUAACAGACAUAGUUCAGCGCCCAGAUCCUUGACUGACAACGAAUGUCGUUGCAUACUUCACGACUUGGCCGAGCAGUAUCAAAAGUUGGUGCGAAACAUCGCUUGGAAUUUGCCGAGGAAGUCGCUGAAGUCGCCGAGGGGUCGCACAGACGCCGAAAGCUGCCCAGUGCUAUCGCAGUUGUGUAAGAGCACAAAGGUGCAGUCCGGCUGGCGGUUUGAGGAGCAGGGCUGUUCGCAGCUGGACGAUAAUUACAAAUAUAUGAUUGGGUUCGUGGAGUUCUUUCGCCAGCGCAUGUACUAUGAGCGGCUGGGCAUACCGCUGACAUCGUUGGAACUGCUCUAUUUGUGCGACACCGAGCAGGACUGCCGCAGGCAGCGGCGCAUGUGCCAGGACAGAUGUACCCAAACGGACAACGAGCUGCUCGACUAUACGUUGCAUCGGUUGCGCGGUGGCAACGUCUCUAAGUGCGGCUUGGCGGAAGGCACACUCAGCUCGGAAGUCUAUGAGCAGCGGAACACCACGGCAGUCGGUGAGCCAAGCAAUCUUAACUUGCAGCUUGCUACAGCAUCGAGUCAAUACUUUGAAGCGCUUUCGCGUCAGGCUAGCAUCUCGGAGGAACAGAGUCGAAAUGCCAAGCCCCAGCAAGCCGAGCCGGCUGAUCACAGCUGUGGGGAUAGGGAAAGUGAAACCCCAAUGCCAGCAGCAACCACAGCCGCAUCACUAAGAGUUCUAAUGUCCCCAGCAACAGCAACGCCACCGACGCCUUUGCCAACGAGUCGCUUGGCGCAGCGAAAGAGUCGGGAUUUCCUUAAGCUGCGCAAGAAGCGAAGGCACUUGAUAAUGGAUCAGGGCACAAAAGCGCUACAAAAUCAGUCCUCGCUAAGGUUCACAUACCAGAGUCUACUAAAGUUCUGGGGCAAGGGCAGGGACAGGGACAGGGACAGGGACAGGGAGUUCAAUGAUACUGUCAGGUUGAUCCAUCUGCUGCGACACUCGUCCAAGAACUUCAAUCUGCCUGGCAAGGCGGCAGCCCAGCAGAUGCUCUUCGAUGACAUCGAUAAAAGCUCCUCGUGCAAGGUGGAAAUGCUUUUGGCACCGGACACACCACGGCUGCUGCUCAACGAAAUGAGAAGGUCCGGCCUGCUGAUGGCGAAGAGCAUUACGUUCACGGAGACGUCGUCGCUGCUGCAGCUGGACUGUGCGUCGAGCAUUUUGGCUACGGCUCGACUGUCGUUCGAGGCGGGCGGCAUGAGGCACGGCUCCGCGGACACGCUCAAUGAGGUGUGGUGUAAUCCGGGCGUCUUUCUCAACUCCCGCCCGCCAGCAGCGCCGCACACUUCGGGCGAGCGCAAACGGCAACUGCCCAUCGAUGCGCUCAUCGUUGGCUGUGUGGGCGCCCCGAUCCUCGGCGAGCAGGCAGCCCGUGCAGCGCUUGAGAAGUGCGCCUUUUUGUCUAGGGAGUUCGACAAGCUCAGCCGAGAGCAACGGGCAAAGGACGUUGCGCUGCGCCUGCAGCAGCUGCGCCUCUUUCAGGCCAAGGCCAGCCGCGACUACAUUUCCUUGAUGCGCGCGCACGAGUCCCGCGACUGCCAGCGGCACAGCAGCGGCAAAGCGAUCCCCAGGCUCUUUGAAUGCCCACUGAACAAGCCGAGCUGUGUGCCUCUGCUCAGCGAGUCGAUGCUGGCGCACUUUCUGCAUAUGCACCUCAGCGAGCCCGGCUUAUCCCUAAACGAGCUGUAUGAGCGGGAUCAGGUGCUGAUCAUGUUUCAGCCGCGCUCCUUUCGGCGCUCGCGCAACGUCUGCCUGUCGAUGAUCGCCUUUGCCUUUGCCGGCGCCAAGAGCAAGUCUGCCGAUCCCCCCGUCUCGCCUUAUAUGCCCGUCUACAAUGUGGGCUUGCCCGACAUAUAUAGCGAAUACGCGGGCCACCUGCCGCUCUUUGUGAUGGCCUGUCGCACCCGUCUGCGGCGCAGGGGCCGCACGGCGAAUCGACGCGAUUUGGGACGCGACUCGUCCAAUCCGGCGUUUUCGACGCCCGGCAGACAGGGCGCGGGUGAGUGUGUCAUGGCCUUGUGGCUGGUCAGCGUCGAGCUGACGAGGCCCGUGCACGUGCAAAUGACCGUUUUCAAUCGGCGCGUCGACAUCAGCCGAAGCUCCAUCAUGCAGGUGCGCGGUCUAAACAAAUGCCACGACUGCGACAAGUUUAUGCUGAAAAGUCAAAACUAUUUGCGCCUAACCGGACAGGACCUGCGCGUGCUGACCAACAACUACACGGAGCCCAUCUACCUGGAGCUCUCCGUUCAGGACUAUGCGCGUCCGUCCGUCCGCGACAGACAUUAAAAUGCGCUGAUCUCAAAGUAUACGCAUUUUUCUAUUGAAAUGACCAAGCAGAAGGACAUCGAGAGCACGCGCUCUGAGAUGGGCUGAACAAAUUUAUUUACAAUUUUUAGCUACUAAAUGCAACUUUUCACUUUUGGCGAACACCCAAAGUCAAUUAGGAUCUGCUCAAGGUAAAAUUUCGCUAAUGCUCCUUUUGAAGAUGGUAAAAGGCAUAAAAGGAACAAAUCAAAUUGGUAUAGAACGAGCCAUAAAUUUUUGUUAAGUUUA